UACAAUUAUUUCUAAUUAUUACAUAAUUCACAAUAUUUAAUAACAAUUUUUAUUAAUUAAUUGAAUUAAAAUUAUUUAAAAAUCAACCAAACCGAAAAUUGACUUCGGUUUGACCAUGGUCAAAUCGAAGUCAACAUUCGGUUGAGCCAUGGUCAAACCGAAGUCUUCGUUCGGUGAAGGGCGCUGCGGAACGAACGGAGCUUACCUUCUUCUCCGGCGAGCACGGACGGCAGGCGAGAGGAGGGCUGACGGCGACGGCGACGGCUGGGCGACGGCGACUGCGAGUGCGUGGCGGCGUGGGACGGCAGGCCACUGGAGGAGGGCUGCGACGGCGACGGCGGACGAGGACUCACGACGACGGGGGAAGGGCGAGGUGGGCCGGCGGGUGACUGACGGCGACGACCCGCCGUGGUCUCUCUGCGGCUGGGCGAUGGUCAAACCGGCGGCGGGUGACUGACGGGGAGGUCGGCGGCUGUUGGUGGACGGGGGAAGGGAAGUGGAGGAAGGGGAAGUAUGCGAAGUGGAGGAAGGGGAGUGUUUGGCUAGGGUUUGUGUUUUAAUUUUAAAAAGGGUAAUUAAGUAAUUUACGUAUUAAGUUAGGACGACGAUUAGUAAUUUUUAGGACGACCUUUAACCCUUCAGAAAUUUAAACCCCAUAUGUCUGAUCGUGGCAGAUUGAUGGCCCACAUUAAUCUGGAAAAAGGAGGAGCGGAUUGGUUAUUUUGCCACCCGUGAGUUUUCUUUUUUGCUGACACCCUGACACGAAUUGAGAGGAGGUAUAAGCAACUUUUAUUAGUCCCCUAUUUUUCUUAAUUUGAUCUUACUGCAUUUGUUUUAACUAAGAAUUCAAAUUUUUUGCAUAAAAAGAGUGCAUUAAUUAUGAUCUACACAUUGAUAUCCAUUUUGCUAUAUUUUGAAAAAAAAAAUAAAGGUUAAAGACACAU